AUGAAGCAAUUGAAUGGGAUAUAUGAUAAGGGUGAGGAUGAUGAAGAUGCUCGUAUUGAACUUGCUCUGCCUAAACAUGGUGUGGAUAUUUCGAAUAUUGGCAAAAACCGUUUUUUGUUCCAAUUUUACCAUUGGAGAGAUAAGCAGCGUGUUCUAGAUGAGCAGCCAUGGCAUUUUGAUCGUCAUGCUUUGAUCCUUGGAGAAACUACUGACUCCGUGAAACCUUCGGAUAUUGAACUUUUUCACCUGCCAAUGUGGAUUAGGGUUUAUAAUCUCCCCUUUAAAGGGAGAUUGAAUCUUGCGAAUAUUGAAAAUAUAGGAAAUAAAAUUGGAAUGUUUGUUAAAUUAGAUGCGGCAGCAAAGGUGGGGAUUGAUAAAUCCAUCAGAAUUCGUGUUCUUGUGGACGUCCGUAAGCCUUUGUUUAAACAGGCCAGGUUGAAAUUAAGAGGUGGCAUUGAAGAGGCUUUUGAAGUAAAAUACGAAAAACCACCGCUCUUCUGUUUCUUUUGUGGGAUGAUGGGGCAUGGUGUGAAAGAUUGUGAGAAACAUAAAGACCUCGAUGAACCUGUCCUACCUUAUGGCUCGUGGUUAAAGGCUUCACCAUGGAAGUACAUUUCUGGAGAAAGGGUCGAUCUAGAGGGGAAAGAUAGCCAAUGUGCGAAGACCCUCUUUGUUACAAAGCCAAAGCAGAGAGGAACCUCGACAAAUGUUGAGACAUCUCAGGUGGUUGAAGUACUUGAUAAGCUAGGAGAAGUGGCGUUGAACUCUAUGGAGGGAAUACAAAAAGCAUUCAAAAAGAAAAAUUGGAAACGUCACGUAAGGGAUGGGGACCGUAAUAUGGAGGGAGAGGUGAUCCUAACGGGGGAGAAGAUGAAAAUAAGUGAUGACCUGGGUGAGAUUGAAGAGAGCAAUAAGAGUAGAGCAUUAGUGCAAGAUUCUAGUAGUGUGGCGGGCCCCACCCAAAGGGCUCUCGGUGAUCAAUGA